AUGGCAUUAAACCAUGAACCAAAAGUGAAGAAAAAAAAACCAGGAAAGGAAGUAGUGAGCACGGAAGAAAAAGAGAGUAAAAGUGAAAUGUACACAAGAGAUGCCUCUGUUGAUUGGUAUAGACGGCCAGCGAUCAAGGCAAAAACAGGAGGGUGGAAAGCUGGAUCUCUCUUAUUGGUGAACCAAGGGCUGGCAACUUUAGCCUUCUAUGGGGUUGAGGUGAACUUGGUAUUGUUUUUGACACGGGUAUUGAAGCAAGGCAAUGCUGAGGCAGCCAACAACGUUAGCAAGUGGACAGGCACUGUUAACAUAUUUUCAUUAAUUGGAGCAUUUUUGAGUGAUUCUUACUGGGGGAGGUACAAGACCUGUGUUGUCUUUCAGCUCAUCUUUGUCUUUGGGUUGCUGAUGCUAUCCAUAAUCUCCAACUCUUUCCUUCUCCAACCUUUUGGUUGUGGACAUGGGGGUUCCCCAUGUAAGAACCCUACAACAAUAGAACGUGGGGUAUUUUAUGUCUCAAUCUAUCUAAUUGCCUUAGGUAAUGGAGGGUACCAAACAACCAUACCCACAUUUGGGGCAGACCAAUUUGAUGGGAAGGACUCGAAAGAAGCGCACUCAAAAGUGGCGUUCUUUAGCUAUUUUGACUUGGCAUUGAAUCUUGGAUCUCUCUUUUCUAUCACAAUUUUGGCCUAUUUUGAAGAUGAAGGGAAAUGGACCCUAGGGUUUUGGAUGUCUAGUGGCUCAGCCCUCAUUGCUUUAUUAUUGUUUCCAAGUGGGAUCCCUUGGUAUAGGCACUUUGCACCUAGUGGAAACCCUUUGUCUAGGUUUUCUCAGGUAGUGGUUGCUUCCUUGAAGAAAUGGAGGUGUGAGUCCCCAUCUCAUCACACACAACUCUUUGAAGUGGAUGGCAAAGAGUCAGCUAUAAGUGGUUGUAGAAAGAUUGUUCACACCCCUGAUUUCAAGUUUUUGGACAAAGCAGCCAUCAUGACUGAAAAUAAUUUCACAAAGGACCGACCUUUUCAUGAUCCAUGGCUCUUGUGCACAGUAACACAGGUAGAAGAAGUGAAAUGCAUACUACGACUACUUCCCAUUUGGCUUUGCACCAUUAUCUACUAUGUUGUCUUUACACAAAUGGCCUCCCUCUUUGUAGAACAAGCAGCAGCCAUGAAAACCGACAUCUCGGGAUUCCACAUCCCACCUGCAAGCAUGUCCACGUUUGAUAUAUUAAGUGCAACAGCUUUCAUUAUCUUCUACAGGAAGCUUUUCAUCCCUUGUCUCCAUAGGGUGAGAAAGAACCCUACAGGACUCACAGAGCUUCAACGGAUGGGACUGGGAUUGAUCACCGCAAUUGUGGCCAUGAUAUCAGCAGGUUUCAUAGAACUAAUUAGGCUUAGAUAUGUGAAAGAAGUUGACAAACCAAGUUCUUUAAGUAUACUAUUGCAAAUCCCUCAAUAUGUACUGAUAGGGGCCUCAGAGGUGUUCAUGUAUAUUGCGCAACUAGAGUUUUUCAAUGCACAAGCCCCGGAUGGAUUAAAGAGCUUCGGUAAUGCCCUUUGUAUGACUUCAAUGUCUCUUGGGAACUAUUUUAGCAGCUUUUUAGUGGGCAUUGUUAUGGGGAUCACUAGGAAGGACCACAAGGCUGGUUGGAUAGCUGAAAACCUAAACCAAGGUCACAUGGAUAAGUUCUACUUCCUAUUAGCUGCUUUAACAGCCAUAGAUUUUGUUAUUUAUGUUAUAUGCGCCAAAGGUUACCGUUCGAUUUCAUAUGAGACCAGAGAUGAAGAUCAGGAAGAGAUUGAGAUGCAAAUGCUAGUAUAA